AGGAUCAUCAUAUUUGCCUGUAUAUUCGCAGUAGGUAUAUUGAUGAAUAUAUUGGCAUGUGUAUUCUCUUCAUCUGGAUGGCCAAUCAUUGUCGUGGCAACAUACUUCUUGGCACCACUACCAAACAUCAUCUUUAAGAAUCGCGAUGACUUCUCAAGUGAACAUGGAUCUGCAUCAGACUUGGGUAUGUUCUUAACAGGUUUCUUGGUCGUAGCAGGCUUUGCUGUUCCAGGCAUUCUGGCGCAUAACUAUGUUAUCACAUACAAGGCAUUGGCAUUCGCUAUUUCAGGAGGCAUCGUUGUAAUUGGAUCACUGGUCGCAUUCAUGGCUUACUUCCAGAAGAAGGAUUCAGAGUACGACAUG